AUGAUCAUGGUUACUUACAUCUUCUUGGCCUGGCACCCGUUUCUUUUUGGUUUUUUAGGCAAGAUUCUUGCGAGGUUCGAAAAAGGGGAGUUGUAUGGUGAGAUUUUCGGUGUAUGUGAUGGAUCGAUGGGUCGAUGGGUGGAGGGUGGUGUUGAUGGGCGGUGGGUGGUGGGGGGGACUGGAUAUAAGAUGGUCUGGUGGGAUGGUGUUGGGAUGAGGAUGAUGGAUAGGGGGUGGGAGGGGGAGGGAUUCUUGUAUAAUACAUACAGGGUUGGCAACCCCCCAAAUAGCCGGUACUGAUCCCCCUCCCCUCGCUCAACCCCAGACCACAACAAUCACAUGACCUCCCCCCCUUUUCCCCCUCGACGAAGUAUACGACGCUCUAGGAACAGCCGAGGACUUUCCGCAGAAAUGUAGACAGCAUCGCCACUCGCACCGGCUCCCCAACCCGCCGCCUCCUCGCCGCCUAGACCUGUAACCGCCCAUCCCGGCACCGAUCUUAGACAUGAUCCCUAUCAUCGCCGUAGCGAGCUGAGUAUGGGAGGGGCUCGGACCCAUGUGAAACCGCGGUGACGCAGCUUACCUCUGAUCCAAAAAGGGGG